AAAGGUCUUUGAUUUAACUAAAUGACAAACAUGUCUCCUCAAUGUAGGAAUAAACAGAGUUGCAGUAGAACCAAAUACAGUUUUAAUAACAUCGGACUAUCAAACAUAUUUGCCACAUCAAGGCUUCUUAUAUAUAACUAUCCACAGAGAAACACAAUUACACACCUUUAAUUAAAUAAGUUUUAUUUGACAAUAAAACAUGGACCGUGAUCCUGAACAACCACGUAUCAGCGAGGGUUUGAUGGUCAGUCUGCUCUGAUGCACUUCUCACACACAACCAGCAGAUGUCGCUGUUCUGACUGUGUCGUGAUGGUGUCGAGCAAUGUGUCGAUUACAGCCCAACUGUGUCAUAGUUGCUCAGUGAUUCAUGAGACUUCGAUUUCGCCAUCUUUUCAGGCAGUCGGUGGUCAAGAGGCUGGGUCAGAGGCAAGGCAGGAGACAGCAGCUUUGUCCAACUGGAAAACUCAGCUUCCUCAAAUAGUGAUAUCAUAUCAUGGAGGACAUAUAUGCGAACGUUGUAAACGAACCGUCUGUUAAGACAAGACCUUUAGGAAUGGAACCAGGGCCCAGGAGCUCAGAGAGAUCACGUCAUGGAGCCGUGGUCCUGGGUCUGGUUCUGCUGAGUGUUCUGCUGCUCGCUGGGCUCAUCUGCCUCGGUGUCCACUACCACGAUGCUGCUGCACAACUCUCCACCAUCAAAGCCAACGUCACUGAUUUAAUGGAGGAAAGAAACCAGCUGAAGACCAACAUCACUGAAAUGCAGAUGCUGCUCAAGCAGAGUAAAACAUGUCCUGCUGGAUGGAAGAUGUUCGGCUGUUCCUGUUACCUCCUCUCCAGUCAGUUUGGACCUUGGACAGACGGCAGAGACGACUGCAGAAGCAGAGACGCACAUCUGGUGGUGAUCGACUCCAGUAAAGAGCAGAUGUUCCUCUCUGGAUUCACCAACCAGGAUGCUUGGAUUGGUUUGAGUGACAGGGACCAGGAGGGGAACUGGACCUGGAUCGAUGGAACUCCACUGACCUCCACCUCAGCUCAGUUCUGGUGGACGAACCAGCCUGAUAAUACUGGGCCGACUGGUGAUGAGGACUGUGCAAAGAUCAUAGCUCACAUUACUCUGUGGAACGAUGUGCGCUGUGAUGUUAUUCAACAGUGGAUCUGUGAGAAAGAAGCAUGAAGCUGUGGAGUGGCUUUAACAGGAGUCAUUAUCGCGCUGGUCCUUCCAGUUCAUUCACAAACAGAUCAUUUCCUCUGUUAAUGAAUGUGAUCAAAUAAAAGCUGGAAAACCC